AGCUCCGCUGCACCGAUGGGCUCCGACCCGCCGACCUCCUGCUGCUUCAGCUACACCUCCCGGCAGCUGCCCCGCAGCUUCGUGGUGGAGUACUACGAGACCAACAGCCUCUGCUCCCAGCCGGGUGUCGUGUUCAUCACGAAGAAGGGCCGCGAAAUCUGCGCCGACCCAGAGAACGCGUGGGUCCAGCAGUACGUGAAUGAGCUGGAGCUGAACUGA